AAUGAAUUGAUUAACCGAAAAUCAGGGAGCGCCAAAAUCACGGUGGUCAUAAAGGGAAUCCCUCUUCUAACAAACAUAUCAAAACAAAAGUUAUCGGACCAACCUUUGUCUCUUCCUCGAACAUGCCAACCUGUAAUUUUUCAUCAUUACCCACUCAAAACAUGCCAUGUGGCACUUGACCCCACCAACAACUCUUAGUCAUACCUUUAAAACACUUCCAUCAUAAAUUCUUCCAGCAAAAGCCCACAUUCACUCAAUCACUCAAUACUUUCCUUCCUUAACCGAAAAAGAAAGAAAAGUUGCCCAUUUUACACAAAUAUACCCAUUAAAUUACACUCUCCAAGUCCAAGCAAUAAGUGUUUGCAUUGAUUUCUCCAUCAUUAAUGGCCUCCUUUUGCCUCCUCGUAUUACUUCUUUUUAUGAACUCACCUUUGCUCUCUUUAGCUUCUGAUCAUCAUCUAAAUUCAGAAGCCUCUCCUUCUUCCAUCUCAGCUUCGCCUGCAUUUUUAACAAGUCCUACUUACCAAGAACUUUCGCCUGAUAUUUCUCCACUCUUGCCUUCUCCUGGUGGGGUGGUGCCUACUCCAACUGGCUCUUCUGUGCCCACCAUUCCCUCCAACCCCAGCCCGCCGAACCCGGAUGCCCCUGGCCCUGCUUUUUCGCCGUUCAGCCAAUUGCCGGCCGCUUACUCCAUGGCACAGAGAAAUCUAGUUGGCCAGUUGAAGAAGCUACCUCUAUAUGUUGCAACGUUUUGGUCAUGCCACCACCUUCUCAGGAUAUGAAAUAAAAGGUUACAAAUCUUUGUUUAUGCUCUUUUUUUUUUUUUUUUGGUUUGAUCAAAGUAACAUGAGUCAUAAUGUAUGUAGUUAGUUAUUCUGUU